AUGCCUGUGGUGCUACCCUCCACCGACCGCGGUCAGGACUCGCGCGUCGGGGCUCCAGAAUGGCGCCAGGCAGCCCAGGCCACUUCUCGCAAGGCGCACCUUCUGACCGAUCGCUGCGGGCAGGAGGCGGUGACCAUGUGGCAGCCCAAAGACACUGUGCUGGACCCGAACUUGGCUCGCCACCUGGGCCGCGCCGCCUACAUGGAGCCUUGGCGCUUUCGCGUGGAGAUGCUGAAAGGAGGCGGCACCCUGGAGAAGCCACCGCCCGGAGAAGGCGUCACUCUGUGGAAAGGGAAGAUGAAGCCCCCGGCCUGGUACGCGCGCCUACCGCUGCCUAUGCACCGUGACGCGCGUGCCCAGCAGACCGCCGAGGUUGUGCACGCGCACGCGCGCGGGGCGCGCCUCACUGCCGCACGCCUGGGCCGCGCGCAGCACCAAAUCAAUGGGCAACUGCGGCUUUUGAUGCGCCAGCGCGAAGCCAGCGAUCGCAGACUCAGCGAGGUGCGCAAGGGCCUGCUCAUCAACCAGCAGAGCGUCAAGUUGCGGGGCUACAGACCCAAGUCCGAGAAGAUUCCAGACAAGGCUGACAGCAUGCUGGUCUGGGAGAAAGAGGAGCUGAAGUCCAUGAAGAGAAAAAUGGAGAAAGACAUGGAGAAAUCGGAGACCUUGCUCAAGGCUCUGGCCUCCUGCCGGGACAAUCUGGACUUCUACUAUCAGGAAAGGCUUCAAGCUGUGGAUCUCAUGAACCAGCCGCUGGACAAGGUUCUGGAGCAAGCUGGCCGCCACUCCUGGGUGGACAUCACCCGACCCCCAACUCCUCGAACUCAGGGCCUGAAAACACCUCCCCCUGACCCUGUGGGCACAUACACCCCAGCCUGUGCUAGGGCCUUGUUUGAAGCCAAGCGCUUGUUGAUGGAGUCCAAAGACACCUUAGCGGAGAUGGCAAAGAAUGAGGUGGACAUUCAAAAUCAGCAACAGGAGAUCAGCGACCGCGUAUGCGGCACACUGGUGCAGAAGAUGCGUGAGACCUCGGAGUUGAAGGAAAGAAUGACCAUGACUUUAGGGCUAAUGAGGGGAACUAUCCACCGGUGCAUGAAAUUCAGUCAAGAGAUGUAUGUCACGAGGGGCCUUAUCAAGGGUCCUCUGUUGAAAAGAAAUCUAGAGGCUCGAGAGAAGCUGAACAGACCCUUGGUUCGCAUGUAUCAGAGACACGUGGGCACCCAGCUCCCGGAGGCUACGCGCCUUGCCCAGGGUACUGACAAGCUGAUGCGCCACAACUUGCACAUGGAAAAGAAUUUAGAAGAGCUCCGCGUAACACACGACAACCUCGCCUGGAGCCUCAGCUGCAAAAAGACAGGACAUGACGUCGACUACGAUGUCGUGCGCCUGCGCCUGCGCCAGCGCCACCCGCAUGUGUGCUAUGCGCAGGCACAGAACCUGGUCAACGACUGGGACCCUCGCACACCACCGCGGAACCGAACCAGUACUGUCCCCAAGUGA